AUGGAAACUAUUGAUAAUAGUGAGAUUAAUAUUAAUGAAUGCAAUAUAAAUGAACUUUUACCAACAUUAUUUCGUCUUCAAUCACAACGAUGUUUAACAUAUCAACGUCUUCAUGAUGCACAAAUAAUGUUUUUUACUACACAUAAUUUUCCGGCCUUUCAAAAUUUUCUUUCGGAUAUUACAAUUAUAUUUGCAAGAAUAUCCGAAGAAGUUUUAUCGAUAAAAAAACGGUUAGAAGAUAAAAAGCUAAUUUAUAAACAUAUUGAACAAUUACAAGAUUAUGAACAAAAGAAACUUCAAUUAACAAAUGAAUUAUUUCUAGCUAAAGUUGAAAAGAAAAAUGAUGAUAUUGAAAAUAUUAAUGAAAAAUUAACGGAACUUAUUCAUAAUAUCAAUGAAAUUUUAGAAGAAUUACGCUAUGAUCAAGAAGAUUUUAUUCAAAUUGAAACGUAA